AUCAUUCACAUCUAUUGAGAACGCAUUUUUAGAACAUAAGUAUAGAAAAACAACUCAGUGCCAAAACUGCAAAAAUCACUGAGUUGAGCGAAUAAUUUCAAUAAUGGCGACAUUGCCAUUGUUAAAACCUUCCAGUAGACCAGAGCAUUACUGCUGUUGCUAUUCAAUUUCACGAGUUAUGAACUCCAGCUUCAGAAAUGGCCGAAAUUCGAAGAAGUUGUUUCUUUCUUCUUUUAAAAAACCUAUGAUUACGAAAAAAUGUUUUAUAGUUCAGAAUGUUUUCAGUGAUUCGAAGCAGAAAUUGGAGGAAAAUAUCACCGACCAAGGGAUUCCAAGCCUUUUGAAUACGUUGAGACCAGAUUCUGCUUCAAUAGCCUCAAGUAUCAAAUACCAUGCAGAGUUCACUCCGUUAUUUGCUCCCAAUGAGUUUUCUUGUCCCGCGGCUUUCUUUGCAGCUGCACAAAGUGUUAGAGAUUCACUUAUUAUUAAUUGGAAUGCUACUUAUGACUUUUAUGAGAAGAUGAACAUGAAGCAAGCUUAUUAUUUGUCCAUGGAAUUUCUCCAGGGCAGAGCAUUGCUAAAUGCAAUUGGGAAUUUAGAACUCACUGAUGCUUAUGGCGAUGCUUUAAAGAAGCUUGGACAUGAUCUGGAAGCUGUAGCUUGUCAGGAACCAGAUGCUGCACUUGGAAAUGGGGGUCUCGGGAGGCUUGCUUCCUGCUUUCUUGACUCUCUAGCUACAUUAAAUUACCCUGCAUGGGGUUAUGGUCUAAGAUACAAGUAUGGGUUAUUCAAGCAAAAGAUCACCAAGGAUGGUCAAGAAGAAGUUGCUGAGAAUUGGCUUGAGAUUGCUAAUCCAUGGGAAAUUGUGAGAAAUGAUGUGUCCUAUUCGAUAAAAUUUUAUGGAAAGGUGGUCACCGGAUCUGAUGGCAAAAGUCAUUGGACUGGGGGAGAAGAUAUCAAGGCCGUUGCCUAUGAUGUUCCGAUUCCUGGGUAUCAAACUAAAACUACUAACAAUCUUCGCCUGUGGUCUACUACAGUGCCAUCUGAAGAAUUUGACCUAUCUGCUUUUAAUGCCGGGGAACACUCCAAAGCCAAUGAUGCUCGUGCAAAUGCAGAAAUGAUCUGUAGCAUUCUAUACCCUGGGGAUGAUUCAGUGAAAGGAAAGAUCCUUCGUCUGAAGCAACAAUACACCCUAUGCUCGGCUUCUUUGCAAGACAUCAUUUCACAAUUUGAAAGGAGAUCGGGUGAACAUGUAAAGUGGGAAGACUUUCCAGAGAAGGUGGCUGUGCAGAUGAACGACACUCAUCCAACAUUGUGUAUACCAGAGUUAAUGAGGAUAUUGAUAGAUGUGAAAGGACUUAGCUGGAAGGAAGCUUGGAAUAUUACCCAAAGAACUGUUGCAUAUACAAAUCAUACUGUUUUGCCGGAGGCAUUGGAGAAAUGGAGUUUUGAACUUAUGCAAUCCUUGCUUCCUCGACAUGUUGAGAUUAUAGAGAAAAUAGACGAGGAGCUAGUUAAUACAAUCAUCUCUGAAUAUGGUACUGAUGAUCCUGAAUUGCUGAUGAAAAAAUUGAAAUUGAUGAGAAUACUGGAGAAUUUCGAUCUUCCAAGUUCUGUUGCAUGUUUGAUCAAGGAAAAAAGUUAUAAAGCCAGUUCCAAAACCAUCAAAGAUGAUCUGGUUGAAGAAAGUAGAAUUCUUGAUGAACAAGACGGACUGGUUGCUGAAGAUGAAGGUGAGGAAGAUGUUAAAGAGAAGAAGGCAGUGGUAGAUCCAGUUCCAGAACCAUCAAAGAUGGUUCGAAUGGCUAAUCUAUGUGUUGUAGCGGGUCAUGCAGUAAAUGGGGUUGCUGAGAUACAUAGUCAAAUAGUAAAGGAACAAGUAUUUCGUGACUUCUAUGAGUUGUGGCCAGAGAAAUUUCAGAAUAAAACAAAUGGGGUGACCCCAAGAAGAUGGAUCAGGUUUUGCAAUCCAGAAUUAAGCAGUAUCUUAACAAAAUGGAUCGGGACUGAAGACUGGGUUCUGAACACUGAGAAACUUGCAGAAUUGCGAAAGUUUGCAGAUAACAAAGAUCUUCAUAAUGAAUGGAUGGCAGUAAAAAGGAACAACAAACUAAAGGUCGUUUCCCUUAUCAAAGACAGAACAGGUUACACAGUCAGCCCGGAUGCAAUGUUUGAUAUUCAGAUCAAGCGUAUUCAUGAGUACAAGCGACAGCUUAUGAAUAUAUUUGGAAUUGUAUACCGCUACAAAAAAAUGAAAGAAAUGAGUGCUGUAGAUAGGAAAGCCAAAUAUGUUCCAAGAGUGUGUAUAUUUGGAGGAAAAGCUUUCUCAACAUAUGUGCAGGCUAAAAGAAUAGUGAAGUUUAUUACCGAUGUAGGAGCUACAAUAAACCAUGAUCCUGAAAUCGGUGAUCUACUGAAGGUUGUGUUUGUCCCUGAUUACAAUGUUAGUGUGGCUGAGUUAUUGAUCCCUGCAAGUGAGCUUUCAGAGCAUAUAAGCACUGCUGGGAUGGAGGCCAGUGGAACUAGCAAUAUGAAGUUUGCAAUGAAUGGAUGCAUUUUAAUCGGGACCCUGGAUGGUGCUAAUGUUGAGAUUAGAGAAGAAGUUGGACAAGAUAAUUUCUUUCUAUUUGGUGCUCAAGCACAUGAGAUUGCUGGGUUAAGGAAGGAAAGGGCCGAGGGAAAGUUUGUGCCGGAUCCACGUUUUGAAGAAGUCAUGGAUUAUGUUAGAAGUGGUGUCUUUGGUUCACAAAAUUACGACGAGCUGCUAGCGUCUUUGGAGGGAGAUGAAGGAUUCGGUCGUGGUGAUUAUUUCCUUGUGGGGAAAGACUUCCCUAGUUAUAUAGAAUGCCAAGAAGAAGUUGAUGAGGCAUACAGAGAUGAGAAGAAAUGGACAAGAAUGUCGAUCUUAAAUACUGCUGGAUCAUUCAAGUUUAGUAGUGACAGAACAAUCCAUGAAUAUGCUAAGGACAUAUGGAACAUACAUCCGGUUAAACUUCCAUGAACUUCACCAGAUACGACAUACGAGCUUCUAGUGACCACUAACUAGUGUAAUCAUCACAAUAGGACUUCUGAAAGUGCCUCAGUUCAUCUAUAGAGGUCUUCUGUUUGAAUAAAGUUCUGUCGGCAUCUAGUAAUAGCUUGCACAUGUAAAAGUUUGUAUUCUGUUGUGAACUUCUGAUAAAUUUAGGGAAAUAAUCCGUUGCCCAAA